AUGCAGGGCUCGGCGCUGAAAACCAUACCCCUCACCUGGCCGUUCGCCGUCCGGGGCAUGGAUAUGGUGGGGAAAUUCAAGACAGCCCCCGGCGGGUACACUCACCUCCUCGUCGCCGUGGACAAAUUCACCAUAUGGGUGGAGGCAAAACCCAUCAAGAAGUGCGACGACAAUACAGCCACCAAGUUCUUACGAGAAUUGAUCUACCACUACGGCUACCCUCAUAGCAUCAUCACGGACAACGGCACCAACUUCGCCAAAGGGGAAAUGGCCGACUUCUACGAAGAAAAAGGCAUCCGACUCGACCUCGCGUCAGUCGCACACCCCGAGUCAAACGGGUCGACUGGCUUCACGCCCUUCUUCCUGGUGUACAGCGCCGAAGCUGUCAUGCCCACCGACUACGCCGAAGAAGAGAAUGAGCGCGCUCGGAAAGAUGACGUCGACCUCCUCGACGAGGCACGAGACCUCGCACUCUCCAGGACGGCCAUUUACCAGCAAUGCCUUCGCCGCUACCACAGUCGCCGCGUCCGCGGUCGCUCCUUCCAAGAAGGCGACCUCGUCCUUCGGUUAAUCCAGGACAAGAAAGGCAUGCACAAGCUUUCCCCCCCUUGGGAAGGACCGUUCGCCGUCAGCCGUGCACUCGGCAAUGACGCCUACUACCUCACCGACGUUCGCAAAGAUGACAAAGGCGAGCCACUCACUAGGGAAGUCGAGCGCCCCUGGAACAUCAACCUCCUCCGUCGGUUCUACACUUAG